CUUGGCACAUUCUUACCGAGAAUAGUAAAGAAUUGACCGGUUGUUAUCAACAAAACCAAUUGCACUGUAACGCUUGGAGCUUUCAAUUGAGAUGGGUAAUUUCCCUAAGUUACCGGAAGGAACGGAACUUCCUGUUGGUACUCAUAAAGUUACAAUUGUUAAAUACCUAUCGGAAGGAGGAUUUGCGCAUAUCUAUAAAGUUAAGAUUGAUCCACCAGAAGAUGAUUCAGAUAUUGCAUGUUUAAAACGAGUAAUUGUACCGGAUAAAGCUGGAUUAGAUUUAUUAAGAAAAGAAGUAGAUGUUAUGAAAAUUUUACGACAUGGAAGAAACAUUGUUAAAUAUUAUGAUUCACAUGCUGAAAGACUUGAAAAUGGAACUUAUCAAGUAUUAGUUGUAAUGGAAUUAUGUCCCAAUAAAUCUUUAUUAGAUUAUAUGAAUGCUAAAAUUAAAACAAGAUUAAAUGAACGAGAAAUUUUAAAAAUUAUGUUUGAUAUUUCUUUAGCAUUAUAUGAAAUGCAUAGAUUAAAAAUGAUUCAUAGAGAUGUUAAAAUAGAAAAUGUACUUAUUGAUUCAAAACAUGAUUUUAAAUUAUGUGAUUUUGGUUCUACUUCACCUCCAGUAUUUCCUCCAAAGGAUCAACAAGCUUUUCAAGCUUUAAGUCAUGAUAUUUUAUAUCAUACUACCCCACAAUAUAGAGCUCCAGAAAUGAUUGAUUUAUAUAGAGGUUGGGUUAUAGAUGAAAAGGCAGAUAUUUGGGCAUUAGGAUGUUUUUUAUUUAAACUUUGUUAUUAUACAACUCCUUUUGAAGCCAAUGGUGAUAUUGCUAUACUUCAUGCAUCAUUUCAAUUUCCUCAAACUCCUAUUUACUCAGCUGAUUUAAAGAAUUUAAUUAUAAUAAUGUUACAAGAGAGUCCAUUAUUUAGACCUAAUAUUUUUCAAGUACUUAUAUUGAUUUGUACUAUGUCUUCAAUUGAUUUUAAAUCAAUUAAAGUAGAAGAUAUUUAUCAUCAUGGUCCUUAUAAUUUCCAAGCUUUGCAUAAUUAUCAACGUCAAAAGCAAUCAGAAUUACUUAAACGUCAAGAAGCUUAUUAUCCACAUCAAGCACAAUCCUUGGGAGGAUCGAAAAAUCCAAGUGCUGUGAGCUUAACUAACAAACAAUAUGAUAGUUCACCUAUAACUCCUAAUGCAUCACAGGGGGCUCCAAUUGUAUCAUCAAUGAGUCAAAUUGAUAAAAAUCAUCUUCAAAUACCUCAAAUUGCCGAUACUACACAUAUUCAAGGACAAGUACCUGUAUCUGUACCCGUAUCUGUACCUGUACCUGUGCCUAGUGAAGGGGGAUCUUCUAGAACAGCUUCAUCGUCACUUCACAAUGAAGUAGUAGCGGAUCCAGAACCAGAUGCAGACCUUGAUUUCGAUGAUCUGGACGAUUUUGCCGAUUUGAAUAAUGUCGAAGAGAGAUUCCCUUCAUUGGAUGAUUUACUUGGUGAACCCGUUAAGGAUAAAACCAAUAAAUCUGAAGAUGGUGAACCUGUGAACUCUACUGAUAUAAAUCCACCUACACAAGUAUCUAAUGAAGAUGAAGAAUUGAAAUUCCCUGAUAUUACUCAACUUCAAGUUGAUCCUCCUCAUUUAACUGAAGAGAAUUUGAAAAUCAAUAGAAAGAAAGUAGUAUCUGAGCAGAUAUAUGACAAGAAAGAAGCAUGGAUGGGAUUAAAAUCUCGAAUGGAUAAAAGUGCAGAACAAUUAGUAGAUGAUAUAUUUUCUAACCAAAGUAAAUCACCCUUACCUGAAGCACCAGCUCAAAAGACUAAUCAAAGUUCUAAAUCUGAAGUUAGUCUGAAAAAGAGUGUGGCUUCUGAGCCUGAAAUUCAACCCUCUGAAAACAUUAUUGAUGGUCAAGCAUCAGAGUCAAAGUUAGACAAUAUCGACUUAAUAGAUUUAUAUGCUACAGAACCUUCUGUCGUAAAAUCAUCUGAUCAACUUCAUAAAGUGAAAGAAGUUGUACCUUCUCAAGUACCUUUGAAAGAUCCCAAUGUUACUUCUUUCAUCCCAAGUAGAAGUAUCAGUUUGAAUACUUCAAUUUCAAAUCCCUUUCCUUAUACUCCUAUGGAUGGAUCUGUUAGUGAAGCUGCCGAUAGUACUGCUAAUAAAAGAACUUCAAGUUCGAAUCCUUGGGGAACUUUUAGAGCUCCUAGUAUACAACAAUAUAAAGUCAAUAAUAAGGAAAUACCUGCAACGGUAUUACCAAACCAAGAGAAUUUCAGCAUGAGUGAACUACUGGCCAUUAAAGUUCCUAACCCCAUCCCUAAAGAGAAUAUAACAAUAGAACCUAAUUUGAUAGAUUUAGAAGUUGGCUUAGACUCAUCAGCAUCUUCAGCCAAUACUCCUGUGCUUCAACCUCGUAUUCAUGGUCAAAGUCAAGGUCUAGGUCAAAAUCAAGAUAUUGCAGCAGUAGAAUCUGGAAUCUCCUUAUUAGAUUUAGAUUUGAGUGAAGAUAGCGACAUUAAACAAGAAUCCAAACCUUUUAAAAAGAGAAUCUCUUCUAUUCAAAAUCCUGCAAAUCUAAACUUUGAACAAGAAGUUAUUGAUUUUGCAUCCGAUGAUGAGAAUCCCGAUAACGGAUCUACCAUGAACCGAUUGAAAAUCCGAAAUUCUUUGAAAAAACCCAAAUCCAGAAGAUCUGGAGAACAUAAAAGGAAUGAGAGUAUAGCUAAUGAAGGUAAGAAGAGACUAUCAUUCUUUGGAGGUUCUAGUAGUACUUCGUAGUUUUAGUUAGAUUAGGAAAAUGCAUAGUAAAUUAAC